UGCGCAGGCAGCGCCGCGGCCCCGCGUCCAGCACCGCGCCCAGCAUCGCGUCCAGCACCGCGCCCAGCACCGCGCCCAGCAUCGCACCCAGCACCGCGCUCGGACCCCGCCGCCGCGGAGCCGCCACCGCGGGGCGGCAGCAGAUCCAAUGAUGACACUGAACAUUCAGAUCUUCUUUGGCUUCCUUUGCUGCAUUAUUUUUGUUCCUACAAAUGGCUUCCCAACAGACACCAGUACUGAAUUUCGCUCUGCUUUCUCUGUGGCCAGAACCAGCAGCAUGGAAGGAAGCUCCGAGAUGGUUAUUACCUUUGACAAAGUGUAUGUGAAUAUUGGCAAUGAUUUUGAUCCCAAGACUGGAUUGUUCCGCUGUCGAAUCCCUGGAGCCUACUACUUCUCCUUCACUGUUGGGAAAUACCCAAAGAAAAACUUAUCUGUCAUGCUGAUGAGAAACAAGAAUGAGGUGCAAGUAAUUGUGUAUGACGAACAUCACCGCAAGGAACGGAAGGUAGCCAGCCAGAGUGCCAUGCUGCAGCUUGAUUAUGGUGACACAGUUUGGCUGCGUUUACAUGGAGAUCCCAAGUAUGCUCUUUACAGCAACGUGGGACCCUAUACAACUUUCAAUGGCUACCUAAUCUAUCCUGACACUUCUGCCUUCUUCCAGAAUGCUCUUAGCUCCCAAGAGCUGGGACCACACCCUCACAAAAUUCAGCAGCUUCCCAGAGAGCAGAGUGAAGCUUCACAGCGGCACAUGUUAUCUGAUCAACCAAACAGGGUACAAGACCCUCGUUCUGCGUUUUCUGUUGCCCGCUCACAGAGCCUCCUGGGGACAGAUGAGGAGCAAACCCAGCACGAGCCAAUCACGUUUGACACAGAGUUUGUGAACAUUGGAAAGGAUUUCAAUUCUUCCACUGGUAUCUUCUCGUGCCGUAUACCUGGUGCAUACUAUUUCUCGUUCACCAUUGGCAAAAUGCCCUUUAAGACUAUGUCAGUGAAACUUAUGAAGAACCACAAUGAGGUACAGGCCAUGAUCUAUGAUGACAACCACUCCAAGAGGCGAGAGAUGCAGAGUCAGAGUAUCAUGCUGCCUCUGCAAUAUGGGGACACGGUUUGGCUCUACAGCCACCAGCACGAUGGCUAUGGUGCCUAUAGCAACCAUGGCAAGUACAUCACCUUCACGGGCUUCCUGAUCUAUCCAGAGGCUCAGCCGAAGCGGCUUUCAGGUGCCAGCUCACUUCAAGGGUCAAAUAAUUAAAUGCAGAUGUGAAAGGAGCAUAAGAAGAGCCAAGAUGCCAUGAACUUGGGUAUAGCUCCUCUUUGAAUAUCAUCCUCUACUUUGAGCAUGCUAUCAUGUGUCCAGUGCUUUCCUUAUGCUGCACGCUUUUGUGCCCUGUCUGCAGGGCCACAGCUGUGUCUGCCAUUCAUCUUUAGAGAGGCCUUUCAGAUUGUACCUGUGUGUCCUGUGUUGGUGUUUGAUUUAAGCAUAAAGCAUGAGGUAGUUUUGGGGCAGGGGUGGGGCAGUGUAGUGAGAUGCUGAGGAUCAGAAAACCACUGCAUUCAUGUUCCUGCAGAUCCCCAGCAUCCAGAGAGCAAAGGAUAUGGUGACUUUCCUUGUAUAUCUGGGGAGGGAAUAAAUGUAAUGGAAAUGAAUGUAAUAAAAAUACAAAAAGUGUAAAA